GCGGGCAGGGUCCGCGCCGCUGGCGGAGGGGCCGGACUGCGCAUCGCGGUCGCCGGGUCGGGGCUGCUGGGGUGCUGCGUCUGCCCGGCGGGGCGGCCCGCCAUGCUACGCCGGCGAUGUCCGCGGAACAAGAGCCCGGCGCGCCGCUCAAGAGGCCCCGAGGGGUGGACGGCGGCCUGGAGGGUUUGGCGGGCGCCGGGCUGCAGUUGGGCAGCCCCGAGAAGAAGCACAAGGGCGGCGCACAGGGCGCCCCCUUCCCCGCACCUCCCUCCGAGUACGCCCCGCCGGCCAACCCGAGCGCCGAAUACCUGAUCGCCGUCAACCCCUUCGACGACCGCUACGCCGCCGCCGCCUAUAAGCCCGUGAGGGGCCCCUACUUCGCCGGCCCCGUGUACCCUGCCUUCGGGGGCUACAACGCCUUCAGGAUGCCGCCUCAUCUGCUGCCCCGAGUGGCUUCUCCCUGCGGGGCUCCCGCCUUCCCGCUCCGCCACCAGCCGCCACCCUUUGGCCAGAGCCCGGCGGGGGCGGCCUUCAGCAGGGCUCCGGCCGUAACCUUCGGGCCGCCCGAGAACGCUGCGGCCUUCGGCCACCAGCUCUACAGCGCCAGCCAAGCCCUGCCCGGGCCCGGCCAGCCUUUCCGUCCCAACCAGGGAGAAAACUUCGGCCACAUGCCCUCGCAGAACGCUGGCCCCACGCCUCCCUCCACCGGGCAUUUGGGGGCCGGCCCCAACCCGGCCUUUGGCAGCUCCCUGACAGAGCCCAACCACUCUUACACUCCCGGCCCACCCACCUACUACAAGCAGGUGAAAGCUUUCACGAAGCUGGAGGUUAACAAGCACCAACCCCCAUCCCAGCAGCACCACCACACCUUGCUCAGGUCAGAGGACCCGCUGAGCUCAGGAAGCAGGGAUGUAAAGGCCAGUGGGCACAGGCACGCCCCAGCGGGCACUCCCGAGGGGGUCCUGCCAAAGCGCAUGGAAAACCUGAAGAGUGCCCAUGCGAAUGGGACCCCCGUUAAACCCUGCCUGCCCUGUGGACGUCCCGAGGGAAGCAGCUCCGAGAAGGCUGGGUGGGGUGGCAGUGGCAGCAAAACCCCACUGCACCCCCCUCAGCACGGCCACUUGCCCUCUGAGCCACUUUAUCCAUGUGGGAUUUGUACCCACGAGGUGAAUGAUGAUCAGGACGCCAUCCUCUGUGAAGCCUCCUGUCAGAAAUGGUUCCACCGGAUCUGCACAGGCAUGACAGAGUCGGCGUAUGGUCUGCUGACCGCAGAGGCUUCGGCAGUCUGGGGCUGUGAUAUUUGCAUGGCAGACAAGGACGUGCAGCUGAUGCGCACCAGGGAAAUGGCAGGACUACCAGCCCUGAACACCGAUGCCUGAGCUAAUCCGCUCCCCCCAUGGUUUAUGAAACUCCCAUCUUUCCACACAUUUUGUUAUCUGCCCAAGUGCAUUCAGUUUUCAUCAGAAGAACUUGAGGAAAAGCUUUCUUCUUGAUGGUGAGGUUUAGGCCUACGAAAGGGCUGCUUUUGCAAAACUCUUCACUCUGCUGAUAGAAUGCAGUGGACGAACCAUAAUAUUGCAAUAUAUUAUUAGUACCUGUCAAUCUCUUACUCUGUUUCUGCGCUUUCUCCAGUUGAAAAGGUAGACUGUCCAUCCCAGAAGGAAAACAAAGCAGUUAUUCUUCUACGGGUAUCCCUGGGAAAUGAUUUGUAUGUGAGCUGGAAUUUAUCUAGUGAGGGUAACCUGGCUAGUGUUUUUGAAUUCUGCUAUUUUUAUAGUGCCUAUUUCUGAUCACAUUAGAAUUAUGUGCAGGGCCUUUACAAUAAACAGAUCCAGAUCCAAAAGUUAUCUCUCGCUCUCACUUUCUGUCAGUUUCAAGCAGUCUGUUUUUAAACAAGGGUCCUCAAGAACCAGGUUUUCAGUGCCUGAUAGCAUACAUGCAGGCCUUCUCCCUGAAAUGCCAGGUACAGAGGUGGCCACUGUGGCCAUUUGCUGACCCCCUGGCAGGUAAUAAUUGAGUGUAAGAUCCCAAUCAACAUGGCUACCAGCCAUUGGGGGGGGGGGGGUGUGUUUACCAGCAUGAUUGCAGAGUUUUAUCCUGGAGAUUAGGAUAAGGAGGGACAAUCCUAUAGAAGCAUCUUGAGAGGAGUAGCAGCAACCACAUGGUCACCAUUCAUGGGAGAGGGGCUACAUGUCCCAACCUUCCCUGCAGCCCAGUGGCCAUUUUUUGAAACCAUCUUGACCUCUCAGAUGGGACUUGGAUUUCCAGGUACUUGCCUAAAAACAGGAGAAGUUGGUGGAAAACUGGCACACAUUGCCAGUUCCUUUCUGGAUGGGAACAUAACUCAUACUGUUUCCCUCCUUCUUCUUGAGGAAAUCUGGUGGGCCAUCCCAGGCAGUGGGAAAGUCUCCCGGAUAAUAACCACCACAGUAAUACAGCUAUGUAGAUGAAUCCAAAAUUUGAUUGUGACCAUACAAUCUGGGAAUUCUAGAAUCUCCAUUGAACAAAUGGCAAAUGCCUUCAUGGCUAUGAAAAUAAAUCCAAUAAAAAAAAUGAAAUGAACAAAUAAACACCACACUAAGCUCUUUUUUUCAUUCCUUGUUUUGGAGAUAAAUCAGAAUGGAUCUGUAUUUCUGGUCUGGAAACAAUUGGAGCAAAAAUAAUAAUUUGGACAACUUAAUCCAGAAGUAAGUGAUGGAAGUCUAUUUAGAAAUCUAGUAGGUAUCUCGAGGCCUUCUGUUACCAAUUCUAGCUUCCAUGCUCCUGGAAUUUGGGGAAGGACAAGCACUAUCCCUGUUGUGACUAGUUCUCCCCCAUUCCUCGUUCAGGUAUUUCUAUGGCUUUAAAACACUUGGCCAUCUAUUAGCUGGUCCAAAGUAGUCUCGGAGCAGGCAGGGGUUUUGCUGCUGCUGCUGCUCAUUCUGCCCUGUGCUGGGGGAGGCCACUGCUCAACCCCCCCCCCCAAAUGGACACAGAAGCCACCCAAGUUGAAAGAACAUAACUUAUGAACUCCAUCCCUUUUUCUCAUCUGUUUGUGCCCUAAUUA